AUGUACUGGGCUGCUGGCUUCGCCUCUUCCCGGCCGUGUGUGGUGGAUCUCGGGCGGAAUCACAGCCUCCCCCUCGGGCUGUGUGUGUCCGAGCAGCCGCAGUCGUUGUAUGGAUAUAUCAUCGCCUUCCCUUUGCAGGACUACGGUGGCAUUAUGACAGCUCUGGGCUCCGACUCCUGGUGGAAGAAGACCCUUUAUAUCACUGGGGGGGCCCUCCUGGCUGCUGCAGCCUACCUCCUGCACGAGCUGCUCGCCAUCAGGAAGGAGCAGGAGUUGGACUCUAAAGAUGCCAUCAUCCUCCAUCAGUUCUCCAGACCAAAGAAUGGUGUUCCCAGCCUCUCACCUUUCUGCCUCAAAAUAGAGACUUAUCUGAGAAUGGUGGACCUGCCCUAUCAGAACUAUUUUGAUGGGAAACUGUCAGCACAGGGCAAGAUGCCUUGGCUGGAGUACAACUACGAGCAGGUCUCAGGGUCCGAGUUUAUCGUUGACUUCUUGGAAGAGAAACUGGGGGUCAACCUCAACCACAACCUCACGCCGGAAGAGAGAGCCGUGUCUCGAGCGGUCACCAAAAUGGUUGAAGAACAUCUAUACUGGACGAUCGCCUACUGUCAGUGGGUGGACAACUUGGAGGAAACCCAGAAGCUUCUGGCAAUGAGUGGGCCUCUUAGCGACACACUAAAAUGGCUGCUGAGCCGCCUGAACGGCAGCAUGGUACGCAGGGAGAUGUACGGCCACGGCAUCGGUCGCUUCUCCAAGGAGGAAGUCUACGCCUUGAUGGAGAAGGACAUGAGGACACUGGCCACCCUGCUGGGUGAUAAGAAAUACUUCAUGGGCUCCAAGAUAUCCACAUUAGAUGCCACAGUGUUUGGACAUCUUGCUCAGGCCAUGUGGACACUGCCUGGUACGCGACCAGAGCAACUCAUUAAAGGGGAACUGAUCAACCUAGCCAUGUUCUGUGAACGGAUGCGAAGGAAGUUCUGGCCUGAAUGGUUUGUGGAGGUAGAAGAUCUUUAUUACGAUGGAGACAGCGAGAGCAGCCGCUGCACGCCGUCGCCGACUGGUCUGCUUGACUUCGGGCUCUUCUCCAGAACUGACACUUUGGACGACAGCGACGGCAGCAGCCACUCGGCCGGACACACGCACGCACACACGCCCGGCUCUGACCACUCGCUAUUUGACUCGGAUGUGGGCACGGGGUCAGACAAUGAAACCCAGCUCAAGGAUGAAGCGAUGCCUGACUUGGAGGUUUGACGUGGCGAUGGCUGACAGAAAGAGGCUGAUUGGAGAGUGGAACAGCUGUCACCACAACCUGCUGAGCGCAGAACAACAGAAUCGCUGUUCAGACUCUCUUGAAUACCCAACAUGUUCCAGCUUCCAUUUUGGACAGUGUGGGUAUUGAGAUGCACAGUAACAAAACUGAACCACUAAUUUUGCAUUUUACCGUCCAGUUUGUUCUUUCCUAAAAUGUCACAACUGUCAUGGUGGCAUUUUGUCUCUGCCUUAUUUGUGUGGUCUUGUGAUACAGAAGAAGGUGUUGGAGAUAAGCAACAAGUAAACAGCUCGGGUUUGUGCAAGUUCAGCGUCCAUUUUACCAGUUGUCUUAAUCUCAUUCCAACAUUUUAUCAUUCUAGUUCAUGCGGGCUUUUAUAUAUGGAAAGACUACAUAUCACAUGUAUUUGCAUGUCUACGUCAAAUUACAAACAGGACCGAACUUCUUUGCUGACUGGUUGAAUGGAAACGAAUAGAUCAGCAUCUCUGUGCCUGUUCCAUGCAUUUUAUUUUUGUUUGUUUGUUUGUUUUAUGUGUUACAUUGGAGCUUUUGGUCAUUUGCAAAGUGGUUGAGCAGGGUGGUUGUAGUUAACAAGAAUGACCACUAGAUGGCAAUAACACCUAGCCAUUAAUUAAGAAGGCGUAAUAGCAUUGUUGCUACCAUUUAGAAAGUUAUAUCCAAUUUUCCUACUCAAAACAGUACUUUCAUACUAGUACUAAAUGCAGCUAUAAUCCUGCCACCGUGCUUGAAUCAAACAUGGUUGAAAGUUUGCGCUUUAGUUCACCAGUGCCGCUUUAUUUUUCUUCAUAGAAGAUCUUAUGUGUCAAAUACAUAUAUAUUUUUGUUAGUCUUUUAUUUCUUAACCUUGAAAGAGAAAUUAUUUUUUUGCACUAUUUUAUUUUUUAUGUAUAUGAAAGCUUGGAGAAUAGGACAUUUGAGUUGAAUUGGACCGAACAAACAGAUUACAAUGCAUUUAAGUCAUAAAACAGUUUGUGCAGAGAGCUUUUUGUGACUAAAACCUGCUCUGUGUGGAUGUGAAUGUUACUGGAUGUGUGAAUGUCAUCAACUGACCAGUUGUUGGAAAGUCUUCAUUGGAUGCAGUAAUCAGGAUACCAAACUAACUUGCAAAACUGAGGUAAUAACUGUAAGAGGACUGUCACUUUUAGGCUACUUUCAAAUAUUUGUGACAAACGCAAAGGGUCAACGUACCACUUUAUUCAUAUUUUUUCCCUUUAGUUUUUAUCCUCAGUUUGGGGCACUUUAAACUGAAAAUGAUUGGAUGUAAACCCUGAAAUCACUGAUGUACAUUGCAAUAUUUUCCUAUAAGUCAUAAUAUAUUUGAUUGUCAUUCUUUAUCAUAUCUCAAUAUUAUUAUUGUGUUAUUCUCCCCUGACUGGCUGGGAGAAAUCACAUGGUUCUAGUUCCUGAUUGUGAGGUGUGCUGACAAAGAUGCUCAUUGCCCGAUAAUCGUUUUUUUUUUCUCAGCCCUCUUCCAUUCGUGAAGAAUCAUCCCAAGCAUAUUCGUAACUCAUUGUGCUUCUUUUAUAAUGCACUGCUUUCAUAUCUAACGCCCAUUAGAACUGCGUUCACCCUCCAAAAGGAACUAAAACAAUCUUGUUAGGUUAAAAUGGCGAAAACAUUUUUACAGUGGUGCAUGUUGAUGCCAAUGACUGCGACAGUAUGCACCUCAGAAGUUCAUCUACAUUGUAUGCAGCUGUAGGAUUAAUUUAAUGUUAACCCUGGCUUGUAGCCUAACUGAAUUUGGACUGAGUGUCACUCAAAAUCAGGGUGUAACGCUUUUGCGCAUGGUGACAAGCCACCUUCGAUACGAACCAGUUCAAGAGUUGGACAGAGGAAAAAAGGCCAACAACUUCCAUCAUGUUGUCCUGUGGUUUGUCCCCUUCAAACUCUUUCUUCCAUUUGGACUGCUUUCUACCAAGCCAUAUAAACGUCUCAAAUCGUGUCAUCUCUGUUGGUUUAAUGUAAAUACUGUAUGUGUGCAAAAGUGUAUCAUGUAGUAUGUAGAGCAGACUGAUGGAUCACACUGUGGCUGUGUAGUCAGAAAAUGGGUCGACUGACUUAUUUCAAUAAAAGGCGUUGACAAUUUUAAAA